GGUUGUGGAUGAACAAAAAGUUCGUACAAAAUCGUCGUAAAAAUAUGUCAUGUUAAUCUGUCAAAACAUAAGCGUGUGAUAAAAAUAAAGAAUCAUCGUAUUUUGCGGAAACCUAUUUCUAAUCGUGUAAAAAUGGACGUUGACAAUGGACCCUCUGAAGGGCCUGUAACUGGGGGAAUAGAUAUAGAACAGUCCCUCCUGCAACAGUUUAGCUGCAUGGGCACCACAGAUAAAGAAGAACUGGUACAGCAGUUGCAGAAAUUGCUGGGUAGUCAUCUAAACUACACAACAGCUGCAUUUUUUCUGGAUAUGAACAAUUGGAAUCUACAAGCCGCAAUUUGCUCAUAUUUAGAUAUCGAAUCAACUAAUCAGCUACCAUCUAUGGCUCUUGUGUCAAAUCCGUUGGCGAAUGAGACGGAAAGUAUAGAACCUAACGUAGGAUUCCAGAAGACCUGGCACAUAUGCAACAACGGUACUGAAACCUGGCCGGCGGGGUGCUACGCGCAAUGUUCGGACGGCAACAAAAUGGGAGGAAAUAAAGUGCCAGUGCCUUGCCUCCAGCCCGGAGAAGGAAUGCAUUUAUCGGUAAACAUGAUGGGUCCAUCACUGCCGGGGACGUAUCAAAGUAAAUGGAGGCUAUGUACACCGAAAGGUGCUUAUUUCGGAGAUCCGAUGUGGGCUAUCGUGACCGUCGUCGAGGAGGGUACAAUAGCUUUAACUCAGCAACUGUCACAUUUUAAUGAACUCGGUGCUCCUCCGCCGUCUAUACCCGCACAUAAUCCUUUCGUUUCGCAGAGGUCUCAUCUAGAGAACAAUCAGGACACUGUGCCUCCGGACGGGACCGACUCGUCGAUGUGGUAGUAUCUGUGGUACCAAUCAGUGUCGACGGGAACACCAAGUGAUUUUUUGAUUUGUCUGGAUGCAUGGUACAAACUGAAUAACUGAUAAGUAUGUAGAGAGUGAUACAUAGUUAGACAAUAGACUCUUUUAGUUUUAUAUAUCUAAUUUAACUAAUGGUUUAAAUAUUUUAUAAAUCUUAAUGUAAAAUAACGACAAAGGGAAAUUUUAUAGUUUUACGGAGAAAAUUUGGGACAUCAUAUUGUAGGGACAUAUACCGGAAGCAUUCGGAAAUACAAUUUUGUAAUUAAUUAUAAAACAUACAUUUUUGCGUAAUUCAACGCCUGCCCGUGAAAAUUCAAAUCUACGAAUAAGUAAUUUUUUUUUAGGUUGCUUUCAAUUAAACUUCUUUUCAAAACACCUCUGUAGGAAAUUCGAAAAUGCUCAAUGUGUAAUUUAAAAGACAACUUAUUUUUAUAAAAAAAAUAUAGAAGGGCAGGUUUUUCGGAUUAAGAGUCUGUUAAAUAUAUUUCAAAUGUGUCUAUUCAUGACUUGAAUCAAAAUAUAUGAUGUUAUAUUCUU